UCUACCCCCGGUCUCAUGACGGGUCGGAUGUUGUAGAACCAGUCUCACCCUCAGGUCGAACCAUCAGGUCUCACCCUCUCUCAGGGUCCGGAUCCUCUGAGCCGCCGCGGCCACGAACACAUCUACCGGAGCUUCUGUGGAACGUGUGAACACCGAGGAGUCGUGAUGACGUCGAGGGAGAGCCGCGGCUUCCGGAAGUCGUCAGCGGAGGCGGCAGCGGGCGGCGUGCAGCAGUGCUGGCAGGCCCAGGGUCAGCUGGAGGACGCCAUCAACAGCGUGCUGAAGGCCGAGCAGCAGCUCAGAGAGAAUGUUCGAGAGGUGCGUGCCGAGCUGCAGAGCUGUGUGAGUCGCCAGCAGGAGGCGCUGCGCUGCAGAGAGGUUUGGCUUCUCGAUCAGAUCGAGCUGCUGGAACAAGUCAAGACGGAAACUCUCCAGCAACAGUUGCACCAACUGCACCAGCUCCGAGGUCAGUUUGAUAUCAUCACUCAUCAGCUGCAGAACAACGACCUGAGCAACCAGCUGACCAGUUGCAUUGAGAAGUUGUCGUCUCUCAGUCUGACUCCAGAGGAAACACCUGACGUGAGUUUCCAUGCCGACACUCGCUCUCUGAGGAAUGCCAUCACCUCGUUUGGCAGCAUCACUGCACAGCUUGUGGAGUGUGUGUCCUCCCAGAGCCCCGCCCCCCAGAAGGUUCAGGUGCAGAAUUACCCAAUCACAGCAAAGAAGCAGACAUCUGAGGUCGGAGCUCUGGGAGACUGGCUGCUGGGAAGUCGUCCAACCAGUAACUCUCCUAUUGGUUCCCUGUCCAGCAAGAACCCUCAGGAUUGGCUGAUGUCACUCAAGGAGAACAAGACUUCCUGUCCCCCCCUGUCCUCUAUGGACUUCCUGGGGGCCUGGGGUCAGCUCAGAGACCUGGAGGCGUGGCUUCUGCAGGACCAGGCGCCUGUCAGCAGAGCGCGGGCAAUCAGCAGCUGCAGCUCCUCCUUCUCCAUCGAAAAAAUAGACGAAUCAGAGUUCACCAUCAACCCCGAUGAGGAGGAGCUGAGCGACUGGCUCAUCACGCCACCCCUUGAUGCGAUGGAGACCGUGCCCGCCGCCGGGCAGUGGCGGCAGGUGUUGAAGCCUUUUAAUGAUGGCUGGUCCUCUUCCGAUUGGCUGGCAGGGUCGAGCCGCCCGGCUGCCGACUGCUCCUCCUGCUGUCAGACCACCAAGGCAGUGGAGAUCGAGAACCUGGGUCAGCUAAAGUGCCUGAAGACCCCGCCCCCAUCAAGCCCCGCCUCCACACAACCCCCUGUCACCCCACCGGCGGCAGUGGUAGAGGCGUGGCUGCAGCAGGCGGUGCCGGUGCAGCCGACCUGCCGGGCCAACGAGGUCUGCUCCACCUACUCCGACUGCGUCUGUGAGGAGAACUGUGGGAGAGACGCUCUGAGCAAGUGGCUGCUGCAGCAGGACGGACGAGACAAGAACGGUGUCCCGGUGGCCAAGGACGCCCCGCCCACCACCAAGAACGCCCCGCCCACCACCAAGAACGCCCCGCCCACCACAACGAACGCCCCGUCUGCUGUGAAGAAGACCCCGCCCACCCUUUACAACAGAGAACAGAAGGUACAGGCCAUCCUGGAUGCCUGGCUGCACCCCUCCUCCCCCUGCUCCCGCCUACUGCCCCUCAGCGCCCCGCUCUCUGAUUGGCUGGUUCCUGAUGAGGAGAAGGCCACAAGGGAGGAGCCCGGCUCCGUGUUCAAGCCCCCCUCCCCCUCCCCGCCGGGGUCAGGAGGUCGUCAAGAUGACAAGUGGCUGUUGAAGAAGAGUCAGGCUCAGGAGCGUCUGCUGUCACCUGUGUGCGACCUGUUCUCCUGCAUGAGCGUGGGCGGAGCCAAAGACAAGUGGCUGCACGAGUCCCCGGUCCAGAUGUGACCUUGACGUUUCUUCUUCUGGCUUGAUUGCCGAUCAACGCACACGAUCACAACAGACUAACCAUCACCGCCUUCGUCCUGUGACAUCACCACGCUUAGCCGCCACCACCCUCCUCCAAUCAGGAUCAGUCUUCAUCUGACGGAACCUGUGAAGUGUUUUUUAACUGUUCAAUGAAUUUCCUGAUUUGAGCCAUUCAACGAUCAGUGUAUUGAUCAGUUAUUGAUCAAGUUCAAACAGGAAACAGAUGAUCCUGGCAGCAGGAGGGGCGGGGUUUAUUUUAAUUAUUCUGGCUUAAACAGCUGUUCUGUGUUUUUAUGUUUUAUCCUUUGAUGCACAUCUUGUCUGAUCUUAGUUUCCGUGACGACACCUGGUCUUUGAGUUUCAUCACUCCUGACGCAGCGGCUGAUUGGUGGAGCUCAUCCUGUGUCGUUAGCCACCUGACAGAUUUACAGAAUUAAGGAGAAACCGCUGCAUUUCCCAGAAUUCCUUGUGUGGAGAACGUCUGUCAGCUGACAUCUCACAUGACUCUGAUUGGUUAUUUUUAUUGCUAUGAUUCGCUUCAGAAAUAAAAGAUGAUGACAUCA